AAGUUUACUUUCAAAUUUUAUUUUGUUCUGAACAGAAACUGUGAAAAUGAGAACAGGAGAAAAACUUUUAAAGCUGCAAAAACUAUUGGCAGACAAGAGGGUUCUAAAGUCUGGGUAAUCAACGAGUCCAUUCACAUAGAUGAUAAUGGUGACAUUGUCCCAGAGGAAGAGAAGGAGUUUGUGUGGAUAGAUGACCUCUUUGAUGACAACGUAAAGACUCAGGAGGUCAUCUAUCCGUUCACAACACAAGCCUUAAACGAUGUUUUGCGCGGGUUAAAGGAGACCCUGCAUGGGAACUUUAUAGCAUCUUUUCUAGCAGUGGGUAGGUUUAUUAUCUUUAUAACAAAAUUUUCACAUUAUUAUUAUUAUCAUUAUUAUUAUCAGCUGCUUGCAUCUGUAACUAUUAGUUUGAGGUCACUUCCCUUUUAAGAAGUUUUUAUAAAGCUUUUAUUUAUCCACUCAAACACUUAAUAACUUAAUAAUAUAUCAUGCAAUUACCUAUCAGAGACCAACUACAGUGCAUGCACCUACACCUCAAAAUACAUGAGUAUAUAGAACUUUUUACAUGGUUGUCAGCAAUGGAAACGUUACUAGGGAUUUCAAUAUUGGCAACUCAAGCUAUAACAGGACGUCGUUUGUUUUAGGGUCUACAGGUCAUGAUAGUUUUUUCAUUAUGAUUGUUGGAAGUACUAGUACCAUCUACAGACACUAAACUAAUAAACAUUGACAAACAAGGAAGGAAGUAAUAUUGGCAUAAGGUACCCUUUUUUUCCUUUAUUUUUUCUGCAGCUGGCAGUACAUUAGGCCUGCACUAUGAAUCCAUUAUAGAAGCAGGCUUACAUUUCCCAGUCCCAGUUAUCUGUGGUGAACACAGACUGGGUAAAACAGAAACUGCUAGGGUAGCUCUCCGUCUAAUGGGCAAUGACAAGCAGUUCUUUUCAUCAGCACGGGAGCGUUUUAUUCCACGUCUUUGCUCCAGGUCAACCUUUCCUCCCGUGCUGGAUGAUAUAAAGAACACCCAUCAGCUUGGAGAGCUUGCCUUAGCAUACUUCGAUGGAGGCAAGGAUGGCACUUGUAGCCGUGAAAUGUCACCGAAGACUUGUCCAGUGGUGACAGUAAACUGGGAAGCACUGGAGGGUCUUCCUCAGGAUUAUAGGUAUGCUAAUAUAAACACAAUUAAAUUAAUUAAAUUCCGUAUUUAACAGGUCUAAAUAUUCAAACCAAUUAGUACCGGCAUUUCUACUAAUACUGGUCACAUAAUGUAUUGAGCCAACAUCGGAAAGUGGAUCAUGCAGUCAUGAAAUUUUUCCUCUGAAAAUUACCUAAUUAUUGAACAUUUGUAAUACAUUAUGCUGAAAUUAUAUUUUUUACUCUGCUGUACAGACGCCCUCUUGGUUUUUCUCUCUUCCAACAGACCCGCUAUAUUGUGGUCUUCAGAAAUUAAAAGAAAAACAACCUAAUAUCGUUAACUUUUCAACAGGAUUGCCAGCCGCUUGAUCAUGAUCCCCUUUGUUGUGGGGCCCAGAAGCUCCAGCGGACUCCAAGCCCAAUUGCAGGCUGAAGAAAGCCUUCAAGAGCAGAUGGCAAAUGCUCCCAGGGCCCUGGGACCAUUAAUUGCCAUCAACAUCUCCACUGUUUUAAACCGCAGUAAGGAGAUAAAAGCUCUCUUUGCAGAAGACUUCAUGGAUAUUGACGACAGGGUGAUGGAAAAUUACUCUCUUCUUUUGUCAAUGGGAGUAGAGGUAAGUGGCCAUCAUCAGAAGUUCCAAAUAAUUGCUAGUAAAUUAUGUCUCCUAAAAAGUGAGUUAUUAUUCAAAAAGGGUCUAUCAACAACUUGUUGUAGGGAUGGCCGGUCUUUUACAAACAAAAGUAAAGGGAGAUUAUAUCAAAGUUGCUGCAUAGGAGCUAAAAAAAAAGCCUCCAAAAGGAAAAGUCGGAUCAAGUAAACUACAAGAAACACAAUUUGAUUACUUUUUGUUGCAAAAAACCCAAAUGGAAGAAUAAAAAUUCCGUUCUUAUCAAGUGCCUCAUUCUUGGUCUUGGAGAAUUAUGCUCAUAAAUUAAUACUGGUGGAUAAGAAAAUUUCUUAUUGCAUUUAAUGCAAUAUUUGUAAUAGUCACUAAGCUAACCUUCUGACAGUUGAAACCACCAACUGAAAAUAAUUCAAUGUUAUAAGCACCAAAACCAUAAUAUUAUUAAGGUCAUAAUAAUUAAAUUGUCUUUAAUUGUUAAUCAAGAUACCAUUAACUAUUUUAAAAAUUUAUGACAAUCAAAGUUAGAGUACUAGUACUACCUUAUCUUUCCUUUGCAGCUUAUCGAUAUCAUUGAUGAUGAAGAAAUUGUUAACACCAAAAUGCUAGAAGAGUACUUUGAAAAUACCAUUUAUCCCAUGUGUGUCAAAAAGUACCAAACAAAGUUACAGGGAAAUGGUGCCAGCACAGAAGAUGGAGGGCCUUUCAUUGUUUCGUUAAUAAUGGAGGCCAUUCAUUGUAAUGACUUGACAAGGGGCAAGGUACAUUAGACAUUGCCUAUGAAUUAUUGAUAACCUUUAAAGAAGUUUCUUGCUACAAUCAAAACUGCAUGUUGCUGCAGAAUUUAAAAAUUCAUAAGUAUCAUAGGUCAGCUUAAUUGCAAAGUAUUGAUGUUUCUCACAUGGAUUUCACAUUGAAUGGGUUCAAUUCCAAUAUAUAGGAUGGUGCAUUUCUAUUUCAAGGUGUUUUACCUGUCUUAUUUUUGCUUGGCUUUCUAUUACAAAUGGUUGUUGUAAAUUGUUUUUUCCUUGUGAAAAACCACAAGUUCCACACAAAUGGCUAAAGUGAAUAAACACGAAAGCAGUGACCACACAUAUUUAUUAUACAUUAUUAUUAUAAAUUAUCAUAAAUUAUUUAAAUCAAAAUUGAUAGUUGUGAAUAAUGAUACAUAAUCCCACCCUCUCAGUCGUAGGUUAGGGCAUUAGGUAAAUGUUUAAACCCACCACACACCCAGUCCCUGUUCUUCAACUAGUUACAAUAUUAUAUAUAUAAAUUUUUUUUCAGCUCUUGACCUGCAUCAACCCGUGCAUUACCUUCAAAAUGAAAACACCUGAACAAGGGGAAAUGAAAUGCAAUGGACUUGCUGUGGCCCUGGGUCCUUUCCUCGCAAUGCUUUCUAAUCAUGGCUUGGACACUCUGGCACCCCACGACCGCAUAAAGCAAGAAAUAAAGAAUCAUGGCCUUGGGUUAACCACAAACUGUAAACAGGUUUUCGACAACGAGGAUGGAUCUACCAUUUCCAGAGCAAAAGAGGCCAAACAAAGCACUUCUUUUAAGUACUGCAUUUUUCUUAAAAGAAGUGUGUUUGGACCAGAAGCAUGGGAGGAAUUUGCCACAUGUAAUAAUAAUGUUAUUAUUACUCUAUAA